AUGGAGCGGAGCAAACGCAACUCCAUUGCUGGGUUCCCCAUGCGGCCAGAUCGGCUGGAGGACCCAGAUUGUGGAGGAGGAGGUGCAGAAACCAGUCCGGCACCGCUGGACAGAGUGUGUCCCUCGUCUUACCGGGCCCUCAUCAGUGCCUUUUCUUGCCUGACCCGACUUGAUGACUUCAUCUGCGAGCGGAUUGGUUCUGGGUUUUUUUCAGAGGUCUACAAGGUGCGCCACAGAGCUUCGGACCAGGUAAUGGCUCUAAAGAUGAACAAGCUGAGCAGUAAUCGUGCCAACAUGCUGCGAGAAGUUCAACUCAUGAACAGACUCUCUCACCCCAACAUACUCAGAUUUAUGGGGGUGUGUGUACAGGAAGGUCAACUCCAUGCUCUCACAGAGUAUAUUAAUGGUGGCAACUUGGAGCAGCUGCUGGACAGCAAUAAGUACCUGAGCUGGGCCACACGGGUCAAACUGGCCUUAGAAAUCGCCAUGGGCCUCAGUUACCUUCACUCCAGGGGCAUUUUUCACAGAGAUCUCACUUCCAAGAACUGCCUGAUCAAGUCUGAUGAGAAUGGCUACACUGCGAUCGUCGGAGACUUCGGCCUUGCUGAGAAAAUCCCCAGUCAUGAAUAUGAGGGGGAGAAGCUGUCUGUGGUGGGAUCCCCGUUCUGGAUGGCUCCGGAAGUGUUGAGAGAUGAGCCGUAUAACGAGAAGGCUGAUGUCUUUUCGUAUGGCAUUAUUUUGUGUGAGGUAAUUGCAAGGAUACAGGCUGACCCUGACUACCUACCACGCACUGAAAACUUUGGCUUAGAUUACCACGCCUUCCAGCACAUGGUUGGAGAUUGUCCUUCAGACUUCAUACAGCUUGCCUUCAACUGUUGCAAUAUGGAUCCAAAUCUCAGGCCCUCGUUCCCAGAUAUAGUAAAGAGGCUGGAAGAAAUCCAGAGAAAGCUGAAAGCCGACGAAUGCGAGAGGGAGAGAAUGCUACUAACCGCUGUAGAGGUGGAGAAAAAACCCUUGCCUAAAGGUCCAGGUGAAAAGGGUAUAAAGAGGUUAAAUCCUCUUGUUUUUCAGGAUGACAAGAUUCCACCGAAGUCCCCCCGUCCACGUCGAAACAUCUGGCUUUCCCGGAGCCAGUCUGACAUUUUCUCUCGUAAGCCUACUCGCAAAGUGAAUGUCCAGGACCCUUACUACAACCCAGGACCUAGGGGCUUCAUCCACGGCCAUCCCAAAGUCAACCCUUUCAGUGCCAGAGAGGACUUAAAAGGCGGCAAGAUCAAGUUUUACGACAUGCCCAGCAAGUCGGUCUUCUCGCUCAUGUUUGAUUUGCACUCACCUCACGCCAGUCAAAGCUCAUACCAGCCUCACGCCAACAUCAGCACGGGAGCCUCCGGAAACAACUGCUUCCCAUCCUGGCCGGAGACCUGGCAGCUGCCCGGUCGGCAGUGCUACUCGCUCCCCGGCUCUCCCCUGCUGCCCCACUCGGAUGUCUUCUUCUCAUCUCACCCCACGUCCAAAAGCGAGGCCGGACAGCCCAGCGGUGAAACCAAGCAGAAAGCAUUGAGCAGCUGGGCUAAGAAGUACGCGGUCACUGAGAUCCCUCCGUACAAACCACAAGCUGCAAGACAGGAGGAAGAGGGAGCGUUAGAGGACUGCUCGUCUCUGGUCCCCUCUGAAGGAGGAGAAGCGGAGGCCAUGGACUGCUCCAGCAGCAGAGGAAGCCCUGCAGACGAUAAGGACACGGUCCUGAUACAGAACAGAAACUUAUGUGAGGACAUGGAGGCUGAAGACCAGGAUGGCUUGAUGAUCUCCAACAAGAACUCGCUCACGCCGAGCAUGUCUGUAGAGCCACAGGAACUCUGUCCGAUAGUCCUCACCGCCUGCAAAGCCACAUCUACAGGAGAACGCAUCUCCAGAUGUGACAUCUAGAUGGUUGAAGGGCACACGGCAGCCUGGUUGAUGACGCUUCAAGUUUAAACUGAUCAGAUGCCACGCGAACAGAGAUUGUUCUUCUUUAGAUAUUUAAUAUGAUUAUAAGUUGUGUAUAUUUUUGUAACUUAAGCUAAAAGGGUGGCUUUGAUUGAUGGAAAGAGCAGGAAACAGAGGUGUGAAACACUGAUCCGGUCCAUGCUGUAGUAGUUACCCAUCACACUAUGAAGAACAACAGUGGGAAGAUACAUUGGACAUCACCUUACACAGGGCUAAUGAUGAGACACAUUCUGUGAUGUAUAUAUAUAUAUAUUUUCUUUGUAAUACAUGCUAUUGGUUGCACAUGCCACAUAUGCUGUUUUGUUUUUUUUUGUUUCGUUUUGUCCACAAACUGUAUCCAGUCGCAUGUUUAAUUAUAGAUAUGAUAGAAGAACAAAUGUCUUUUUUGCACUGCAUGGGCUUAGAAAUUGUGCAGCAAACAUUCCAUGUCGUCUGGCAUCUUAAAAAGCUCCUGUUUUGAUCCUACGCUAACGGUGUGUGUGCCAUGGUCAUUUCAAAACGAGGAUCAUUUUCACUCUUUGACCUCUCAGGUCUUUAAAAAGAUGAGUCCAUGUCUGUAUCUACUUAAAAUCAUAAUUGUACUUGAAAUAAGUUAAAUGGUUUGAACUUUUUUUUUUAGUCUAUUAUGUGUCACUACAUUUCUAUGCAAUCAACUUAACCAAGGCAUGAUAGUUUUAUAGAAUAAGAGGAUUUAUUUUGAUAUUUAUGAGAAAAAAAAAAGUAAUUUUACUAUGUCUGUGAACUGUUUAAACUGUGUUGUUGUUUAUAUGAACUGAUGAAUAGAGGUUUCUGUACAUGUUGAAAAUGGUCAGUUCUUGAUAGUUUAUUCCUAACUCUAUAUUUCUGCUUUUUCAGUCCUGUUUUGUAUAUUUCUAGUAUAAGUCCAGUUGUAUAUUUCUACCAAAGACAGAUGAGGACAUAUUUUCCCAUUUAUAUGGCUUUAAUUGUUUAAAUUGCAUGUGUUUAUUCCCAUUUGUUUAAAAUAAAUUCAGAAUGUCUUAUUUUA